AUGGCAAUUGGAGACUAUCUCAUCCUCGUUCAGGUACUUUUUCGCAGAUUUUCAAAGAAAUAAUGUGCACAGUUUAAAUUCAAGAAAGUGUCUGAUUUUACGCGAUAAUUGCAGAAUCUGUUGCUGAUCUUCGUGCUGACGUCUUCCACGUGGAUUCAGUGCAAGAAAAAGAAGGCGGUGGCGAAGACGAAUACGAGCAAACAAUCGAAGGAGAAAUCGGCUCUCGUUGUGCAGUCGGCGAUUGUGAGCGUCUUACGUUUCAGACAAAACAUUGCAAAUUUUCAAACAUUUUGGCGUAUGUUCCAAAAGUUGCUUGUUUUGUUUUCAAUGUUUUUAUGAUUAUGAAUAGGUGUUCGCACAAAAUUGUGUGCGACAUUUUUGCCAAGAGUAGAAACCGGCAGAUAAAACUGAGAAACUGAUUUUUAAAACUUACCGGGCCGAGUAGGGUCAAGUCUGAAUAUUUUGUUAAAAUUUUCUGCGAAAUUCCUCAGCUGUCUGAGCUCAGACAAGGCAAUUCGAAUCAAAUUAGAACAAAUUAGAUAAAACCACGUCUAAUUAAUUAGAUGAUCUUAGUUUCUAACGCAACCUCUUUAAAUUCGAAAAUUUUCUAAUAAGAUUCGAAUUGAUUUGUCUGAGUCAGUGAAUUUCGUGCGAAAAAUGGCCAACAUUUUCGAAACAACCGGAUAAUUUUUCAAAAAAGUGAUUUUAUUUAUAGCACCCGCCAGUGACCGAUGUGACUCCGAGUGCGAUAGAAAAAGUGAAAGAAGAGAAGAAGGAAGAGGCGCCGAAAGAAGAAGUCAAGGAAAAAGAAGGUGAGAAGAAGGACGGCGCCGAGAAUCCGGAGAAAAAAGUUGGCAAAUCGCAGAAGACGUUCCCGAAAUUCGAGGUAUUUCACGCGAAAACGCAGAAAGCAUCGCACAAUUCUUGCAGAUGCCAACGGAGAGCAAGAAAAAGAUGAAGCUGCAGGAGAACGAGGCGGAGAAAAAGGAGAAAAUCAAGAAUGGAUUCUUCCAGGAGAAAUCGGACGAAGAUGACACCCUCGAGAAGAUCGACAGUCUGAAGGUCGAGCAAUCCGAUCGCACCAAGAGAUCGCAAAAGAAAAAGAAGUGA